AUGAGUAUGAAUCGGACGAAGCAGCAAAAAUGGGGCACGCCGAGGCCGGUUGGAUUCUUUCGAGGUUUCGUAAGCUCUGCCUAUCUACUCUGGUUCUUUAUUACAGUAAGUUUUGUUUUUGAUUUGAUAAAGAUUGUGGCCGUAGCCCUUUUGUCUCAAGGAACAAAGAAAAGGAAAACGCAAAUCAUGACGCCACAACAUCAACAGGGCCAAAAACAAAACGAUGAUGGCAAAGGGCCCGCGAUGUGCGGGGUCGCCUUCUACAACAAACUUUCUGCCAAAUCUUUACCCCAGUCGCCCAACAAAGACAUCUGGAUUAUGUCGCUCACUACCUCCAUACAAGACGUUCGCGAAUCUAUCGCGGAAAUCCUCAUGGGGACACUCCCACCGUGGCAGCCAAGUGGCCGGCGUCAGGUAGUUGUAGGCCGUGACAUUUUGCUUUUCGUGGGCGACGGUGACGAGGUUCUCACGGAUUCCAUUGUCCCCGCGACCGUAUCAGCAGGGGCCCCGACAGCCGGCGCAACUACAUUGCAACAGGAACCGCUGACACUGGUCCACCUUCUCAAGCAGGACCAGGAUGCCGGCGAAGCCGGGGUCGGGGAGAGCGGCAAGGGCCACGGUGCUAACGCGGAAACAGGUGGGGACGCUGAUCGGCAUGGUAUGCUCGAAAGCUGCUGUUCUUCGGGUGGAAUGUGCACCGCAUAUAUGAUAGCGCAGCAUCCCUAUGUCGGUGUGGUGCGUAAACGUACUACAGUAUUAAGUAAGUAACUGCGUAAACGUACAGGAUUAAUUAAGUAAGUAAGUGUGUGUGUGAUGCAAAAGAUGAUGAAAUAAAAUUCGCGCGUGGGAGCGCAUUAUAAAGCACAGCGGGCGGGUCCGGGUGCCGUUCCCGCUGUCCCACAAUCGUCGAAAUAAGUCUGAGAGUCUGGAACUUACAGCAGCACGGCAAAAAAAAAAAUAAAACUCAAGGCGCCGCAUCGGAGAGUGGAGACUCCAGCAGCCGCCCGUUGGACGAGGCACAACCAGACCUGGUGAUCCGCUAUGUCAUGAAAGCUGUGUCAGAGUAUGAGCCGUUUGAAAAUCGCGGCAGCUUGAUUAGUGCCCUCCGGCCGUUCAAAUGCGACGUCCCGGACGCUCCCGAGCUGGAGCGCCGGGCGAAGGUGGAGGAGAAGUACGGGCCUAUCCGUUAUUGGGACUUAUCGCGCAUCGAAAACCUCAGUUGGUUACUCUCGGGUGCCGAGAUGUUCAAUAUUGACAUCUCUGGCUGGGACGUCUCCGGAGCGACAGACAUGAGUUACAUGUUCUGUCAAUGCGGGACUUUUAACCAACCGAUUGGGAACUGGAAUGUCCAAAACGUAACAACGAUGGAAUGCAUGUAG